AUGGGUCUCGGCGUUCUCGAGUCCAAGGCCUUGGACCAUGUGCCAGGGACGACGCGCUACUUCGACGACCCAAACCGUCCCCAGAGAGCGACCGACACUCAUCGUGGAUUGAAAGUCGACGCGAGCGGCGAUGUGCCCAUCAUCCUGGUCCCUCAACCCUCCGAUGAUCCCAACGAUCCCCUCAAUUGGCCCCUCUGGAAGCGAGAUCUCAUCACCCUUGUGCUUUCCAUCACCGCCAUCUUUGCGACCGCGCUCGGCCCUAUCCUUGCGGCGAAUACCGUUACGAUUGCUCUCCUCUUCCGCACUAGCUUCACUCACAUGGCCCUCCUGACUGGAUACUUCCUUCUCGGAGCCGGUGCCGCAGCCAUCUUCUUCGUCCCCUCUGCGCGUGUCUGGGGCAAGCGCCAUCUCUUCAUCCUUGGAAUAUGUAUCCUCAUUGCCUCAUCUGGGUGGGCUGGUUCUGUCGGUACGAGCUACAACUCGCUGCUUGGCGCCCGCAUUGUCCAAGGCGUCGGAUGUACUCCGUUCGAAACGCUCGUAAAUGCUGCUGUCGGUGAUUUGUACUUCGUUCACCAGCGCGGCUCCCGAAUGGCCUUCACUAAUCUGGCAGUUUUCGGCGGCGCCUUCUUCACCCCCAUUGUGGUUGGCAAGAUCACUCACAGCAUCGGCUGGUGGUGGACGUUUUACUUGGAGGCCAUUUUCUGCGCCGUGUGCCUUCCCGCCGUCUUCUUCCUUUGCCCAGAGACGGCUUACCGUCGGGACACUGGGCUCAACACGGACAUGGUCGCUCAAUCCAUCGAGCUUACGGAUAACAAGUCAUCUUAUAUGGACGGACCGGGUAGCAGGUCCAGCGACCAGGAGAAAUUAGACCCCACCUCGGCGACGUUUGGAUCAGGCCUGGAGGCUAGGCAAGGAGCUCAAAUUCCGAAGAAGACCUUCGUUCAAUCGCUCGCCUUAUUCGAUGGCCGCAAGACGGAUGAGCACUACUGGAAACUGCUUCUGCGCCCCUUUCCGCUCUUCGUUCAGCCCGCAUUUCUCUGGGGAUGCCUGAUUCAAGGCACCAUGAUCGGUUGGACCGUAUUCAUCGGCGUCAUUGUUGCUGCCCUCUUCCUGGGACCUCCUUUCUACUGGAAUGAGGUCUAUGCAGGAUACACCUAUGUCGGUGCUUUUGUGGGAGCUAUCGUCGGCUUCAUCAUUGCCGGCGCAUUCUCCGACUGGAGUGCCAAGUUUUUGACUCGCCGCAACAAUGGCAUCUACGAACCCGAGUUCCGCAUUAUCAUGGUGCUCCCCAUGUUCAUCAUUGGUACCAUUGGACUGUACGGCUUUGGCAUCACCUCUGCUGGGCUUUCAGCCAGGGAGUACCAUUACAGCGUCCCGCUCGUCUUCUUCGGCUUUGAGGUAGCUGGUAUGGUGAUUGGCACUGUGACCAGCUCCUUGUACAUUGUCGACGCCUACCGCGACCUGGCCAUCGAAGGCUUCACUAUCAUGAUCGUAUUCAAGAAUAUCUUCAGUUUCGGUCUCACAUACAGUGCUUAUGAUUGGAUCAUUGCGGGUGGUAUCAAACCUACCAUGAUGGCCAUUGCCAGUAUCCAGGUUGUUGUUUGCGCCCUGAGUAUUCCAAUGUAUUUCUAUGGCAAACGUGUCCGCGCUUACUUCCAUCAGCAUGAUCUGCUCAAGUUGACUGGUUUGCGUUGA